AUGUCUUGGCUCUUCGGCAACAAGAGUCAACCCCCAAACGUUCCCGGUUUCCCACAGGUACCGCAGCCGCCGCCCCCUGGAGGUCCUGAUGGGGGAGACAAGAGGAAGGAUAGUAAGAUGGAGUAUUCUUUUGAUUCGUCAGCCUUGGAGAGGGCAGCUAAAGCUGCCAAGGAGUUGGAGAAUUCAAAACAUGCCAAAGAUGCACUACUGCUGAUACAGGAGCAGGAACGGGCCAAGGCUAUAGAGGCACAGAAACAAAUCAAGGAAUAUGAGGCCCACAUAGAACAGUUAAAGCUGGAACAGGUGCGGGUUGCAGCUGAGGAAAGGAAGAAGUUAAUGGCAGAGGAGGCCAAACAGCACCAGUACAAGGCACAGUAUGACGACCAGUUAGCCCGCAAGCGUUACGAGGACCAGCUGGCACUGCAGGCCAGAAUGAAUGAGGAGAAUCUCAGGAAACAGGAGGAGUCGAUCAAGAAACAAGAAGCCAUACGCAUUGCCACCAUGGAAAAGGAAGCAGAAUUGAGGCACAAACACGACAUGUUGAGAAUUGAGGCAGAGAUGCGAGGCAGAGCAAAAAUGGAGCGGGAAAACUGGGAUAUAACAAAAGAGCAAAUCAAACUGAAAGCUGCAGAAGACAGAAAAACCAAAUUAGAAGCUAUCAACUCAUACAGUCAAGUUGUGGGGAUGGGGUUGACAGCCUUCCUAAAUAACUGGAGUAUGAUAACCGCAUUUGCAGGCGGAGCCACUUUAGUUGUUGGGGGUUACUAUGGUGUCAAAUACAGUUUUGGCCUAGUUUUCCGGGCUGUUGAAAACAGAUUAGGAAAGCCAGCAUUGGUCCGGGAAACAUCCCGUUUCACUGUAGGUUCGGCUUUUAAACACCCGAUCAAGACCGUUGCACAGUUAGUAAAGAGGCCUGAAGAUCCAAUGAAAGGGAUUAUUUUGAAGCCUUCCUUAGAAGAAAGACUCAGAGAUAUUGCCAUAGCAACAAGGCACACAAAGAAAAAUGGUGGCUACUUCAGAAACAUCCUGAUGCAUGGUCCUCCUGGAACUGGGAAAACAAUGUUUGCCAAGAGCUUGGCCAAACACUCAGGAAUGCAUUACGCUAUACUUACCGGUGGUGAUGUUGCUCCAUUAGGGAAGGAGGGAGUCACGGCCAUUCACAAAGUCUUUGACUGGGCACACACAAGCCGCAAGGGAGUGGUGCUGUUUGUUGAUGAGGCCGAUGCUUUCCUGAGAAAGAGAAGCACGGAACACAUCAGUGAAGAUAUGAGAGCAGCACUAAAUGCAUUUCUGUACAGAACUGGAGAGCAGUCUCAGAAGUUUAUGUUAGUUCUGGCUAGCAACCAGCCAGAGCAGUUUGACUGGGCCAUCAACGAUCGGUUGGAUGAGAUGGUUGAGUUUCAGAUUCCCAGCUUUGAGGAGCGGGAGCGGCUGGUGAGGCACUACUUCCAGAAAUUUAUCCUUGAGCCAGCGGCAUCAAAGUCCAGUCGUCUUCGAGUAGCAGAAUUUGACUAUGGUAAAAAAUGUGCAGAGAUUGCAGAGAAGACAGAAGGACUGUCAGGCCGAGAAAUUUCCAAGUUGGGCGUAGCCUGGCAGGCACGCGCUUACGCAUCAGAAACUGGUGAGCUCACAGAGGCGAUGAUAGAUGACAUAGUCAAAGACGCAGUAGAACAGCACAAGAAGAAAGUAGAAUGGCAACAAGGGGCGUCAGUCUCUGAUGUCUUCUACAGGUCCAGUAGAGUUAUGCCCAUUGGCCUGCCACCUAUUCCAGCCAUUAUGGAGUCCCCAGCCAAGACCACAGUGCAGACAGAGGCCUCUGCCCCAUCACAGCCAACAGGUGGAGGUCACAGUACAUGA